CUGCUAAUCUCCACACUGCACUGCCACACCGUUCAUCAUCACUUCAAAUAUCUAUUAUUUCUUCAUUCAGGUAACGCCCUAUUGCCACCAUGCCUCUACCAGCAAAUGAUGAUUAUUCAGCCGUCCAGGCUUACUUCACAGCUAAGGAAUGGGCAGAGACGAGCGACUAUGAGAAACUUCGUCUCAAGAACAUCAAAGAAAACUAUGAGAUGUUGCUUGAAGUUGGACUACAGGUCGACAGUCCCCCGGAUUUCAUGCGACCUCGUCGUGGAAGAAAGAAACAGAUCGUAGAGGAGAGUGAUAGCAAGGAUGAGGAGUGGAAGCAGAAGAAGGCCAAGAAAAAGUCAAUAGGUCUGUAUCUUUUCAACGCAGGCAUACAGGUCAGUCCCUCAGAGUUCAUGCGUCCUCGUCAUGGAAGAAAGAAACAGAUCGUAGAGGAGAGUGAUAGUGAGAAUGAGGAGUGCAAGCAGAAGAAGGCCAAGAAAAGAUCAAGAGACAGGAGAAAGGAGAAACCCCAACCAGCCACUAGACAGUCUAGAUACCCGAAGAGAGCAGUGAGCCGCAAGUCUUACAACAAAGAACAUGUUCCUGAUGAUUCUGGAGUCUAUAGAUGUGAGUACUGUGGAUCACUCUAUGCCAUUCCUCUUGUUUUAGCGAAGCAUCUCAAGUACAAACAUGGACACUAUGGUAUCGUCCCGCCAGCAGGUGCACCAAAGAAAGACAUUCUACAGUUCAUCAAAGGAGAAAUCAGAAGUACUAAAAAAAAUAUGUAUGUAAUCACUGUGGCAAGGCAUUUGAUCAAGCUGGUGAUCUCACAAAACAUAAACGUAUCCAUACUGGUGAGAAACCCUAUAAGCGCGAUCAAUGUGGUAUUAAGGCAUUAAAUCAACUUGAAGCUGGUGAUCUCAGAACAGGUAAAUGCAUCCAUACAGGUGAGAACCCCUAUGUAUGUGAUCAAUGUGGUAAGGCAUUUAAUCAAGCUAGUGAUCUCAC